GUUUGUGUAUAAAAUAACCCCCAACAUCUCCAAUUUUUCCUCACCAUCAAAAUACAUAUAUAUGAUCUUCAAUAUGGGGUUCACUUCAUUUCUAUUUAUCAUUUGCAUUCUCAAUUUUAAUCAAUUUCUCAAAGCAGAAAAUCUUGGUGUAUACAUAGUCUAUGUUGAUCCAGCACAAUCCUCCGACGAUCUCGAAACGUUUUACGAUUCAUUCUUGCCGACGACUUCUAACGUAACCUCAAACAGUGACGAUCAGCCGAGAAUACUGUACCGAUACCGCCACGUGUUUUCGGGAUUUGCCGCGAGAUUAUCGACAGCUGACGUGGAAGCAAUGCGGCAGAAGAAGGGUUUCAUCUCAGCCCAGCCCGAAAGGAUGUUGCAACUGCACACCACACAUUCUCCGAAUUUCUUGGGAUUGAACCAAAACACGGGCCUAUGGAAAAAAUCCAACUACGGCAAAGGAGUCAUAAUCGGAAUGGUGGACAGCGCAGUUGCGGCCAGCCACCCAUCCUUCUCCGACAAAGGGAUGCCGCCGACGCCUGCGAAAUGGAAGGGCGUAUGCGACUCCUUCGGCACGCCGCCAUGCAACAACAAGCUCAUCGGAGUUAGAUUCUCCCUACCUCAACGUCCUUCGCGGACCACAAAUGGCCACGGCACGCACACCAUGAGCACCGCCGCCGGAAACUUCGUCGCGGGUGCCGGAUUCUUCGGCAACGCCAACGGCACCGCCGCCGGAGUCGCGCCGCUCGCUCACUUGGCGAUAUAUGAAUCGUGCGGCCCCCUUGGCUGCCCGAACACCGCGGUGGCCGACGCCAUUGAUGCCGCCAUCGGCGACGGCGUCGAUAUAAUCUCGAUCUCCCUCGGAGGGGGAUCUCGCCGAGGUUUCUCUGACGAUGUUAUCGCGGUCGGCGCUUACAGGGCCAUGCAGAGGGGUAUCGUCGUCAGCUGCUCCGCCGGAAACAGUGGCAAGAGCGGUUUGGCAAACGGGGCCCCAUGGAUUAUGACCGUCGGAGCCAGCACCAUUGACCGGAAAAUAACGGCCACCAUAGUGCUCGGGAACGGCGAAGAAAUCGAGGGCGAAACUGGCAAGGGUUUCCCCUCGACCGAAAAGUUAGAGCUCGUUUACCCUCGACAAUUUCCUCCUCCCAAAGAUGACUCGGUUAGAGGAAAGAUAGUUGUGUGCGAAUAUGGUGGGGGAGUCUCGAGAAUCGACAUAGGAGAAGUGGUAAAAAGUGCUGGUGGAGCCGCUAUGAUUCUACUGAACACAAAGGAUCUAGGAGACACCACUUUUGAUGAUCCACACGUUCUCCCGGCAUUGGAAAUCGGUUACGCCGAUGGAUUGAAAAUAAAAGCAUACCUAAACUCGACUUCGAAUCCCACAGCCACAUUAUCAUUUAAAGGAACUGUUAUCGGUGGCGGUCGAGCUCCGGUAGUUGCUGCAUUUUCCUCCAGGGGUCCUAGUGUACCGAGCCCUGGAAUUUUGAAGCCCGAUAUUAUCGGUCCUGGUGUUAACAUUCUUGCAGCUUGGCCUGUUUCUCUCGAAAAUAGAACCGACACAAAGCCAGCAUUCAACAUAAUCUCGGGUACAUCAAUGUCAUGCCCGCAUCUCAGUGGGGUCGCAGCACUGCUUAAAAGCGUGCAUCCUGAUUGGUCGCCAGCUGUCAUAAAGUCCGCCAUUAUGACCACCGCAUAUCAAGUGAACCUCAAAGGAAAUCCGAUCGAGGAUGAACAAUUGCAGCCCGCUACUGUCUUUGAUAUUGGUUCGGGCCAUGUUAAUCCGUCACGUGCAGAUGAUCCCGGGUUGGUUUACGAUAUAUUGCCUGAUGAUUAUAUUCCUUAUGUGUGUGGAUUGAAUUACACGAACCAACAAGUCGGUAUCAUCGUUGGACGCAAUGUGGAUUGCUCGAAAGAGAAGAGCAUUCCCGAGGCUCAAUUGAAUUAUCCGUCGUUUUCGAUAAUAUUUGGAUCGAGUCCUCAAACUUAUACGAGAACAUUGACGAAUGUUGGCAAGGCUAAUUCAUCAUACGAUGUCGAGAUUGUUUCGCCGAACGGUGUUACCGUGAAAGUGGAACCUAAGAAACUUGUGUUUCCGAAGUUGGGCGAUAAAUCGAGCUAUAAUGUGACGUUCACAAGAACAACCAAAGGGGCGAUGAAUAGUAUUACUCAAGGAUUUAUUAGGUGGUAUACUGCCGAUUACUCUGUUAGAAGUCCCAUAUCAGUUGUAUUUAAAGAUUGA